AUGCUCAACUUUGGACUGUCCAGCUACGUGAACAGUUCAGACGCACGUUUCGCCCUUCGCGCUUGUACGGCCGACUGGGAUGCCAACGCAGCGGUUACCAACGUCACGCGGACUUCCGCGGAAGCCAACCAGAAAAUAUUCACAUCACCGCUUGAGUUGGGCCACGCAGGCGCCGCUGUUGGCCCAUCGAUGAACGUGAGGCAUGCCGUGUAUGCCCUGCAACAGCUGCAGGCAUAUCUGGGCCAGGAUGUGUCAACCGGGAACGGGGUCAUUAAUUUUGCGUAUGCAAAGAAAGCCGUCGUCGGCUUAUAUGUUGGCCCCGGGCUUGAGGCUCAGGGAAUUGCAUCUUCUGUCAUCGAUGAGUUGAUUGAAGAACUCGGCAGCAAUGAUGUUUCAGAGACUCUUGUGGUCCAAAAUUGCGAGGCAAACAGUGUUAGAUACUCCAUGGGAAUUGCAGUCAACUUCAAUUCAGACCUGGGCUUCAUCCAGCAGGCCGUUCAAACCUGGAGAAACAACAGAUGUGUGGACAAUCUCAAAGUGAAUGACUCGUGGAAGACUCUCACUUUCUUUGCUCCUUCUGUCGUGCAUAAUGACAGCUCGACAGCAUCCCAUCCAGCUCGCAGUCAAGUUGGCCGCGCCAACACCUGUACCAGCAAGCAGGUGGUCUUAGGGGACAGCUGCCCGGGCCUUGCAACCGAGUGUGGAAUUACCGCCUCCGACUUUACGAGAUAUAACCCCAAACUCCCGUGCAAUAAUCUCCCCGAAGGCCAACACGUCUGUUGUACGGCGGGCGACUUGCCAGACUACAGUCUAAAGCCGGACAGCGACGGCAACUGCGCCAAACACAUGAUCGCUUUGGGCGAUGUUUGUAGCGUUCUAGCCGCGCAAUAUGGGGUUACUGUUGAGGAUAUCGAGAAUUGGAACAACAACACGUGGGCGUGGAAUGGCUGCGGUAACAUGCAACCGGACAACUGGAUGUGUCUGAGCUCUGGCUGGCCGCCGAUGCCGACAAACGUGAAGAAUGCCGUUUGUGGUCCCCAGAUGAACGACACGGCCACUGCGCCGCAUGGCACGGAUCUCAAUAAGUUGAAUCCAUGUCCUCUCAACGCCUGUUGCGAUAUCUGGGGCCAAUGCGGAACUACAACCGACUUCUGCACUCCCACCGAUUCGCCCACCGGUGCUCCUGGCACGGCAGCCAAAGACACCAACGGGUGUAUUUCGGACUGCGGCACCCAGAUUCUGGUGUCGUCGCCGCCACCGGAGUUCUUCUCCAUUGCUUACUUCUUGGCGUCGGACUGGUCUCGCCCCUGUCUGACCAUGUCUGUUACGGAUAUUGACAAAGGCCGGUAUACCCACAUUCAUUUCUCGUUCUUGACGAUCAACCCGGACUUUUCACUGAACACCACUCUGAUUGAAUCCCAACUGCCCUUUUUGGUUGGUAUGAGUGGAAUCAAGCGUAUUGUCUCGGUGGGUGGCUGGGAUUUCUCGGCCAGCCCGGAGACGUACAACAUCUUCCGCACCGCAAUGGCGGCGGAGAAUCGCGGCACGCUGGUAGACAACAUCAUCGACUUCCUGAAUGACAACGACCUGGAUGGUGUGGACUGGGAUUGGGAAUAUCCCGGGGAGCCGGACAUUCCAAACAUUCCACCAUCUCCUGAGAGCGAUAGUACUAACUACUUUUUAUUCCUCAAUUCGCUGAGAAGCAGCAUGGCGACCAAGGCUCCAGGGAAGACUAUCUCGGUGACUGCUCCGGCGUCCUUCUGGUAUCUCAAGGGCUUCCCCAUUCAGGCCAUUAGUCUGGUGUCGGACUAUAUUGUCUUGAUGACCUAUGAUCUACAUGGGCAAUGGGACUAUGACAAUUCCUUUGCGGACACUGGCUGUCCUGCUGGCAACUGUCUGCGCUCACAUGUCAACAUUACCGAGACCAUGAAUGCCCUGUCUAUGGUGACUAAGGCCGGCGUCCCAUCGAAGCAGCUGAUCGUUGGUGUCUCCAGCUAUGGUCGGUCUUUCGGCAUGACCACGCCUUGGGUACCGCAGCAGAAACGGUAA